GUCGCUCCGUAGCGUACACUCCAGUGUUCCUAAAGAGUCACGGUGGUCACACGCGUCCGCGCUACGCCGUAGCGGUUACGACCGUAAGUGGACAACAAGUGCGUCUACAUAAACUAGAAGUGAAAAUUUCUGUGAAUCAUGGUGAACUUACUUUGUUGAGGAUAACGCUUCGGUCGAGAUUUUUGCUGGUUGUUAUAUGUAAAGCGCAGGGAAGGCAUGUGGGGCGGCGGCGCGCAGUGCGUGCAUGCCUCGCUGCCGCGUGGUGCGCGCGCGCAGCCCGCUCCUACGCUCAGCGGCGCCAUCGCCAGCCGCCGCCCGCCCAGGCCCACGCCUCCCUCACCUACCCUGGUAGCUCAGAUCGACUCAUCAGUGGCGUGCCUAUGGUUGCUGACACCGCUGUCCGCCGGUACCGCCGUGGUUGCGGUCCUCAUCGCCGUCACCACCAACAACUGGUUGCACACACAGGAGAACAUGCUGAACCCGGCCUUCAACGGCUCAGGGAAACACGAGCUCAUCGCCAAACAAACUGUAUCGGGACUGUGGCGAAUUUGUCAUACUGAACCUGGCAGUACCGUGUUCCGAUGUUUGGACAUACCGUACUUUCCCCUGUCACAAUACACGCCGGACCCGAGUGACUCUACCACUGCGAUACCAUAUGUGGUAACUCGUUCUGCUGUUCCUCUUUUACUGGCGGUACUCACGCAAGCGGUGGGCGCUCUGUGCUGUGUUCUGGGACAUUGUGUGAAGGGGAGAAGGCUUUGUACAUUUAUUGCAGGAGUACUUUUUAUAAUAUCUGGUCUCAUUAUGCUGACCGGAAUCGUCAUGUACAUAUCUGUGUUCAAAUCCCAAGUGGGCCAUAAACUCCGUUACAUGACAUUCUUUGAUACUCCAAGAAUGUCAUACAGUUACGGGUACUCAUUUGGUCUAUAUAUAAGUGGGUUCGUGGCAGCAGAGCUAGCAGGAACUUCGGCUAUAUUCCUCUUCCUACAAUGGUAUCAGAAAGACUGGAUCACAGAAUUGACGGAGAAGGCCAAAGCUGAUUGUCGAGCGUGGGAUCGCGAGUUUGCGUUCUCGGACUUCAGGGAAAGAGACUCGACGUUAUUAGAGAGGCGAAUGAUGAAAAGAGACACGUAUCCUCCAUCAGGUUCCUCUGCUGCUACUCCAAGAGAGCGAAGACGUUUCGUCUUUGACGGAGAUGACGUUCCACAUUGCUCAAUUCAUAAAAAUCGGAGAGUAAAUUUGAGCUCAGCGUCGUUAAAGGAUUUAUCUUCUUCGACACUCUAUGGGUUCCCGGCUGCGCCUCGGCCGACAGCUUGUGACAACUAUUUUGAGGAGUUCAAAGAAGUCCCUCAGAGCGCGAACACUUUAAGUGGUCUGCGAAGUGCUUCGAUAUUCCAAUCACAAGCGUCGGUAGCUAGUGGAAGAUUUUUAGAUACCUCGGCAGUUGAGCCUCCUCCUUCAAGGGAAGAGGAAAUGGUGACCUUCGGCGCUGGGGCCAGAGCUGCUGAAGACAAACCACCUCGACACGACCGUGCGGUGGGCACUGACCCCUACCGUAGAACUACCCCUGUUUGACUGACACAACCAUGGGUUCCACCCCCCGAUGCAUAUCGAUAAGCGGCAAAACGAUGACAACGUUUUGCAUUAUAUGAUUAUAGAUAAGGCUGUUUGUGGCCACGGUGUUAAAGAUCGAGUGAUUUUCGAAUUUAUGGACGCAUGUGACUAUUUGUGUGUCAUGAACAUUUUUGACUGUUACAUUUCCUUAAAUAAAAUACUGCCAUUUGUGUA